GAAGAAAAAGGAAAAGAAAAAGCUCUGACGAAGAUCCAUCAAUGGCGAAGAAGGCGGUGUUGAUAGGGAUCAAUUACCCGGGAACCAAGGCGGAGCUACGGGGCUGCGUCAACGACGUUCGGCGGAUGUACAAAUGCCUCGUCGAACGGUACGGAUUCGCCGAGGAGGACAUCACCGUUUUGAUCGAUACUGAUGAUUCCUAUACCAAACCCACUGGCAAGAACAUCCGUCGGGCUCUGUCGGAUCUCGUUGGAUCGGCGGAUUCCGGCGAUAUUCUCUUGGUUCAUUACAGUGGGCACGGUACGAGGUUGCCGGCGGAGACAGGGGAAGACGACGAUACUGGAUACGAUGAGUGUAUCGUUCCUUGCGACAUGAAUCUCAUCACUGAUGAUGAUUUCAGGGAUCUUGUGGAUAAAGUUCCGGAGGGUUGUCAAAUGACAUUGAUUUCAGACUCAUGCCACAGCGGCGGCCUCAUCGAUGAAGCCAAGGAGCAGAUAGGAGAUAGCACCAAGAAGGAGGAAGAAGAAUCAGAAGGCUCUUCUUCGGGAUUCGGGUUCAGAAGCUUCUUACGUGAAACUGUGAAAGAGGCAUUUGGUCACAAGAAGGAGGACGAGGAAGAAUCACAAGAAAUCGAGACUAAAGAAAUCGAGCUAGAAGAUGGAGAGAGAGUCCAUGUGAAAGCCAAGUCUCUACCUUUACAGACCUUGAUUGAUAUUCUCAAGCAGCAGACGGGGAAAGAGGAUAUCGAAGUAGGGAAGAUCAGACCGACCCUUUUCGAUGUGUUUGGCGAAGAUUCAAGCCCAAAGGUGAAGAAGUUCAUGAAGGUGGUCCUGAGCAAGCUGCAGGAGAGAAACGGUGAAGGUGGGUUCUUGGGAAUGAUCGGGAAAUUAGCUCAGGAGUUUCUAGAACAGAAACUGAAUGAUGAAGACUAUGUGAAACCCGCGAUGGAGACAGAGCUCGGGAGGAAGGAAGAGGCUUACGCCGGUGCAACCAAGGGUUCACUCCCGGACAGCGGGAUUCUGGUCAGCGGUUGCCAGACAGAUCAAACAUCUGCAGAUGCAAGCCCUCCCGGAAGACCGGGAGAAGCCUAUGGAGCAUUGAGCAAUGCCAUUCAGACAAUACUGGCGGAAACAGAGGGCGAAAUCUCGAACAGGGAAAUCGUUACGAGGGCUAGGAAGAUUCUGAAGAAACAGGGGUUUACUCAGCAGCCAGGGCUGUAUUGCCAUGAUGGUUAUGCCAAUGCACCUUUUAUAUGUUGAUGAGAAGUUUGAAGAUUAACUGUGCUGCGCAUGGUAAAAGUCCCGGAAUCGAAGCCAAGAUGGAAGAGUCUUUUGAGUGCCUCUGCUGUUGUGUUGUGUGUGAAAUUAAACUGAAACUGCUUUCUUUCUGUUUGUUCAUUGUUGAAGCUUUGAUUUGAACGGAUUGUGUUUUCUCCUC